GUACCGCCCGCUAAUACAGCGCAAUAUUGUUACUGACACCGCCGCUUUGUACCUUGCGUCGUUGCAAAGGGACACGCGUCAGCCACACUUCAGGUAGCCGUCGUCACCAAAACGGGCCACGCACUGCCAAACCCCUUCGUCGCCGCCACCACACCGACGUCGUCACUGCUUUUUCUCCUUGCCCUUCUGUUGGCUUCUCCUACCUUUUUCUCUCUCUUCCUCCGCUAUUCUCACCAACACAGCUGCUCUCUGUUGCUUUUCCUUGCUGCUUAGAGACGGUUAGCUUGCGUUGCUCUAACAAGUCUAUCGAACCCCCCCCUUUAUUUACAAAUCCCGACUCCAAAUACACCACCGUCCACGAAACCCUCACCCCCCGCCUCGAGCUCCGAAUCCUCUUCCAAACAAGCGGCCUGCGCUCUAUCCAACCCUGUCUUGCUUCGCGAGAGCUUCCAGCAACGGUAGCAAAUAGAAAUUCACAAAUCAUGAGCGGCUCUCUCGUCACACCGGGUGGUAUCUCGGACCCCGCUCUCAUCACCCUCGUCAACAAGCUUCAGGAUGUCUUUUCUACUGUUGGCGUAAACAACCCCAUCGACUUGCCCCAGAUCGUCGUCGUCGGCUCCCAGUCGUCAGGAAAGAGUUCCGUCCUAGAAAACAUUGUCGGCCGUGACUUCUUGCCGCGAGGUUCUGGCAUCGUUACUCGUCGUCCCCUUGUUCUCCAGCUCAUUAACCGACCUGCCGGCUCCGAAGGCGCCGCCCCCGAUGACUUCCAGGCUGGCAACGACAAGGCCGCCAACGCCGACGAAUGGGGAGAGUUCCUGCACAUCCCCGGCAAGAAGUUCUACGACUUUACAAAAAUCAGAGAGGAGAUUGCCAACGAGACCGAGGCCAAGGUUGGCAAGAAUGCCGGCAUCUCCGCCUCGCCCAUCAACCUGCGAAUCUACUCCCCCAACGUCCUCACCCUGACAUUGGUCGAUUUGCCCGGUCUGACAAAGGUUCCCGUUGGAGACCAGCCUAGAGAUAUCGAGCGACAGAUUCGCGAGAUGGUUCUCAAGUACAUUGGCAAGUCCAACGCCAUCUGCCUUGCCGUCACCGCCGCCAACAUUGAUUUGGCCAACUCGGAUGGUCUGAAGCUCGCGCGCGAAGUUGAUCCCGAGGGUCAGCGCACGAUCGGUGUCUUGACCAAGGUCGAUCUCAUGGACGAGGGUACCGAUGUCAUUGAUAUUCUCUCCAACCGCGUCAUUCCCCUGCGCCUGGGCUACGUCCCCGUCGUCAACCGUGGCCAGCGUGAUAUUGAUAACAAAAAGGCCAUCAACGUUGCCCUCGAGGCCGAGAAGGCCUUUUUCGAUAACCACAAGGCUUACCGCAACAAGAGCUCCUACUGCGGUACGCCCUACCUUGCUCGCAAGCUCAACCUCAUCCUGAUGAUGCACAUUAAGCAAACCCUCCCCGACAUCAAGGCCCGUAUUGCCAGCUCCUUGACCAAGUACACCUCCGAACUCGAGAGCCUGGGCCCUUCUAUGCUCGGAAACAGCGCCAACAUUGUCCUCAACAUCAUUACUGAAUUCACCAACGAAUGGCGCACCGUUCUCGAUGGCAACAACACCGAACUCUCCAGCACCGAGCUGUCUGGUGGUGCCAGAAUCAGCUUCGUUUUCCACGAGCUCUACUCGGGCGGUGUCAAGGCUAUCGAUCCGUUUGACGUUGUCAAGGAUGUUGACAUUCGCACUAUUCUUUACAACUCGUCCGGUUCUUCACCCGCGCUGUUUGUUGGCACGACUGCUUUUGAGCUUAUUGUUAAGCAGCAGAUUAAGCGCCUCGAGGACCCCAGCUUGAAGUGUGUGUCCCUUGUCUACGACGAGUUGGUGCGCAUCCUAUCUCAGCUCCUCAAUAAAGCCCUGUACCGCCGCUACCCUCAGCUCAAGGAGAAGCUUCACGGCGUCGUCAUUGGAUUCUUCAAGAAGGCCAUGGACCCGACCAACAAGCUUGUCCGCGAUCUCGUCAACAUGGAGGCUUGCUACGUCAACACUGGCCACCCCGACUUCCUUAACGGCCACCGUGCCAUGGCGAUUGUCAACGAAAAGUACAACCCCUCCAAGCCCGUCCCGACCGACCCCAAGACGGGUAAGCCUCUGCCCGCUGGUACUCCUGCCAGAGCAGCCAGCCCCACGCCGGCUGAAGAUGGCAACGCCAACGGAGGCUUCUUUGGAAGUUUCUUUGCUGCCAAGAACAAGAAGAAGGCCGCUGCUAUGGAGGCUCCUCCUCCCAUGCUCAAGGCCUCGGGCACGCUCUCUGAGCGUGAGAACAUUGAAGUCGAAGUCAUUAAGCUGCUCAUCUCCUCUUACUACAACAUUGUCAAACGCACCAUGAUUGACAUGGUUCCCAAGGCCAUUAUGCUCAACCUUGUCCAGCUUACCAAGGAUGAGAUGCAGCGCGAGCUCCUCGAGAACAUGUACAAGACCGACAGCAUCGACGAGCUUCUCAAGGAAAGCGACUUUACGAUCCGCAGAAGAAAGGAAUGCCAGCAGAUGGUCGAGUCUCUGGGCCGUGCCAGCGAGAUUGUCAGCCAAGUACAGUAGAGAGAAGACAAGUACCACGGAAAACAACAAUUUUCUUAGGGAACGCGCUUCUCCUACGACUGGCUGGGUCCUUUUUUCCUUGCGACAACGACGACAACUCCCCCAACGGCUCAUCUAAUGAAUUAAAGUUGAUUUACGGUUUCUUUUGUUUUUUGCGGAGUGCUGUAGUUUCGAUACCAUGGAUUUUUUUUGUUUGCUUUGGACGACUAGAGUAGAAAGAGAAAAGAAAUCGGGAACCUUUUUUUUAAUAAUUUGGGAGAAAAACAAAACCGUCGUUGAUGGGCAAGCAUUGCAGACUGCUGCUACUUGAGGGUCGGCAUAUACCGUUUGCUAUUAUCAGCUGUUGGAGAGAAGAAGAAGUACCAUGUGUUGCCAUGCAAAUUAGAAUACCACUCCGUUUUUAUAAUUAUCAUUUAUCAUGUGUAUAUUAUUUUUGCUAUCGUGAAA